AUGCAUAAUGGGAGAGCAGGGAACUCGCGGAAACAUCUCAAACUUGCACACAAAAGAGCCGCAGUGUCAGAUAUCCAAGCUGCGUUGGACAAACUGACCCUCCAUCGGAAUAUGACUCAAGUCAGUCCCAUUAUCCAACAAACAAGAGAACUGGAUUUGCUUGCAAGUUCUCCGAAAGUUGGGCCCAAGCCUCUCACCGUCCCCACCAAACCUUCAAAAAGAGUUUACCGUCGAGUUCCCGCGUCUUCCAUGUCUGCAACCUCCUACUACCUCCCUUCUAUCAACAAAACGCAGAGCAAAAAUGUUGACGCAAAAUGGAAGUGUGCCCAACAAAUACGAAACGAACGUAUCGAAACAUCACGGAACAGACCGUCAGAUGCUAAUAUCUCAGACGACGAUUACAUCACUACAGACAGUGGGAGUGACCUGACUGAUGAUGAUGACGAUGAGUUAACCUGUACGAACGACGGGAUGACUGAGCCCGCAUUCUCCGAGGAUCGACUUCAGGCUGGAUCCACGCCAUCCAAUUUGACCCUUGCUUCUGACUACGACGAAAAUAACUACGAUGGACUAACGGUCAAAGCGAAGGAAGUCUCUCUACCUCUCUUCAGGAAAGCUCCCUUUAGACAAUUGAACACAACAAUUCGAUUUCGCUUUCCAUCAGAAGACGCCCCAACGCUAAUUCCGCCAAAUACAAUGCCAAAAUUACAAUGGAAGAAUACUUCUGUCACGCCAAAAGUCAUCAGAAGAGUGCUCCGAAACUCGAAAUUCGAGCUAAUCGAGAAUGGAAAGAGUUGGAUUGGAUACUGGGGUAAGCAUCUCAAAGCCGGAAACUAUGCCAAAUUGAAAAGUAUGCAAAAAGUCAACCAUUUUCCUGGUUGCUUUACGAUUGGAAGGAAAGAUAGACUGUGGAGAACGUUGUCAACGCAAAUUGCCAGAUUUGGUCAUGGAGAAUACGGCUUCAUCCCCACUACAUACAUUUUACCGAAGGAUAGAAAACUGUUAAAAGACAAUUUUGGCCACGAGACAUUUAUUGUGAAGCCAGCUGCUUCUGCUCGUGGAAUCGGAAUCAAGAUCGUUACGAAAAUGGAAUCCGUCCCUCAACGCCGUCAAAUCAUCGUCCAAAAAUACAUCAAGAACCCGCUGCUUAUCAAUGGGCUGAAAUGGGACUUGAGAAUUUAUGUGUUCGUUUCUAGCUUCUGUCCGUUAAUAGCAUACAUAUCGGAUGACGGGUUGGUCCGAUUCGCGACAGAUCAGUACACGAUGAACUCAAAGAAACGCUUCGUUCAUCUUACGAAUUACUCCGUGAAUAAGAAGUCUGCCAAAUUCCAAGCAAGCGACGAUGUCAAUGAUACUUCGGGACACAAAUGGUCGCUGAAAACUCUCUGGCCUGAGUUGGAGAAAUUGGGCUUCCAGAAAGAUAGAGUUUGGGCCGAUAUCAAAGAUGUUGUUUUGAAGACACUCAUUGCUUCAGAACAAAAUAUAGUGACGCAACUUCACAAGAACUGCGCCAAGCAACGUAAUUGCUUCGAGCUUUACGGAUUCGACUUGAUGUUAGACCGCAAAGGAAAAGUGAUACUUAUUGAAGUCAAUGUCAGUCCAUCUCUGCAUUCUAAUUCGAAGUUGGAUGAAACUAUAAAGGGAAAGCUUAUUGCAGAUGUUUUCAAUACUACUGGUUUUACUCCUUACAAAGUCGUCAGCGCUCCCCCACUCAGUUCUCAUGAUCGUCAACUCUUCGCUCGAUGGCUGUGCAGUUCAAAGGCGCCUUCGAGGCUCACAAUGCUCAACAACCUGAGCGACUAUCACAAGCACCUAAUUCUGAAAUGCGAAUAUGAACGGCAGCGUAAAGGCGAUCUGGAGCGACUCAUACCAGCGCCAGGCGUCUGGGAUAAAUACAAAAGAUUUUUCCACACUGCCCGCAUCGACAAUGUGAUUCUUGCUGCGUUUGAGGAUGAGUACGGAGAGAAUCCCAAGAGAAGACGGCUCGAGGCCGAGCGCAUCGCUAUGAAUCUUCCUAAAUAA